AUGGCGCCCGCCGCCGCCGCCGCGCUGCUCGGCCCCCCGUCCUGCGCGCUGGCCGUCGCCCUGCUCGCCGCGGCCAUCCUCGCCUCGCUCGCGCUGGCCUCGGCGGGGGGGCGGCCCGCGCGGAGGCGCGAGGCGGAGGAGGACGGCGGGGCGAAGAGGCGGCCGGCAGGCGCCCAGCCCGCGGCGCGCGCGGCGGGGCGCCCGAGGGCGCGGCUGCCGAGGCCGCGGCGCCACUUCGUGGCGGGCCUCCGCUCAGCGCCGGACGACGACGACGCCCAGCCCGCGUGCCCGUACGAGCUGGACGACAGCUCGUGGCUCGACCCCGGCCCGGAGGUGUUCGAGCUGCCGGACGAGCGGUGGGUGUCGGUGGUCGCCGCGCAGGGGUCGGCCAGCCGUUGA